AUGCGUGCUGCGCUGCUUACUACAAGCUUCCUUCGCGCCGCGCCGCUGCGUGCGGCAGCGCGGCCUGCAAUGCUGCGCACAGCAAUGCCCAAACUUACCCGCACGUUUGCGAGUGAGGGCGAUGCACAGGAAAUGAUGGUGCGCGAUGCGCUCAACUCGGCGCUCGAGGAGGAAAUGGACCGCGAUCCGAGCGUGUUCCUGCUCGGCGAAGAGGUUGCGCGCUACAAUGGUGCAUACAAGGUUACAAAGGGUCUGCUUGACAAGUUCGGCGAGGACCGUGUGAUUGAUACGCCGAUCACCGAGGCUGGGUUCGCGGGUCUUGCCGUCGGCGCGGCUUUUACAGGCCUGCGCCCCGUGUGUGAGUUUAUGACGUUCAACUUUGCUAUGCAGGCUAUCGACCAAAUUGUCAACUCUGCAGGAAAGACGCACUACAUGUCUAGCGGCGGAGUGACCUGCCCUGUGGUGUUCCGCGGACCCAACGGCGCUGCCGCCGGCGUAGCUGCACAGCACUCGCAGGACUACUCGUCUUGGUACGGCCAGAUCCCAGGCCUCAAGGUCAUUGUUCCGUUCAACUCGACGGAUGCGCGGGGCCUGCUGAAGUCUGCGAUCCGCGACCCGAACCCCGUCGUGUUUCUCGAGAACGAGAUCCUCUAUGGACAUGCAUUCCCCGUGUCCCGGGAAUGUGCUUCGGAAGAUUUCCUCCUUCCCAUCGGAAAAGCACACGUCGAGCGCGAAGGCACUGAUGUGACAAUUGUCGGAGCGAGCAUUGGUGUGCUGCAUGCGCUCGAGGCUGCCAAGACGCUCGAGAAGGAGGGCAUUUCUGCCGAGGUCAUCAAUCUGCGCUCGAUUCGCCCGCUCGAUAUCGAGACGGUGAUCAAGAGCGUCAAAAAAACAAACCGUCUCGUCACUGUCGAAGGCGGAUUUCCCGCAUUUGGGAUUGGCUCUGAAAUUUGCGCCCAGAUCAUGGAAACGGACGCGUUUGACUACCUCGAUGCGCCUGUGGAGCGUGUUACGGGCGCCGAUAUCCCAACGCCCUAUGCACAGAACCUCGAGGCUGCAUCGUAUGCGAACCCUGAUGUGGUCGUCAAGGUCGCAAAGCGUGCGCUGUACCGCGGCUAA